UUUGAUAUUCCUUGGGUACUAUAGUGACGUCAUUUGGAGGUGAUAUUAAACUCCAUCAACCACAACAAAUGGUGUACAGUAGAAGUGUGGCAGAAGUUCUCUCACGUUAACCUUCAAGGAAAACUUUUUAUAUUGGCGUAUGUAGGAAGAUAAUGAAGCUCAGGAGGAGAAAGACGGCCGUGCAAGAACUGAUAAAUCGAGAAUAUGGAGUUAAAUGUCCCUGGUGGACAAGCAUCCAAGCUCUGCGUCAAGCAACUUUUGGACCAAGAAGACAAUGGAAACAGAUUUUGCAAACAAGGGCGAACUCUCUCAUGGAACUCAGUGGUGACUUAAUGUGGAUAACUAAACCGUCUGGUCAGAUAGGAGUUUCUUGUGGUGUGAUGAAAAGAAUUUGUGGUGAUGGAAGACUCUUACCCCUGUACAAAAUGGACCUCUAUUCUCGUCCAAAGGAACUCGCAAUAUAUGAGAUUCCCGAUCCAAAUUUUAAAGCAUCCAUUCCACAGCAGGAAUAUCAACCAGUAAUGUUUACACUGUGUAAAGGUGGUGUACUGAUGCGUCACAACCUUGAAAAUGGAAGAUUAUAUAACAAAAUUCAACUCAGUCAUCUGCCAGCUGGUUCGCUGUCUGUAAGUUUUCUGUCGGAUGUCGUCAUCAUCAAAUCACCAAAGCUCAAGUUUUUGCCUCGAACGGAAUCCCUGUUCCGCUUUAGUGUGUUCUCUAUGCAUCCGUUUAAACAUCUGGCAACACUUGACAUUGCCAGCUCAGUUUUUCCAGAUGGGGAGCAUAAGAGUCAGUACGGGAAGCUGCGUAAUGCUGAGAUUCAUGAUGACAUGCUGCUUGUUAUGACCAACAAAAACUUCACUCUUAUAUAUGAUGCCCAGAAAAUUAUCAAAGAAAAGAUGAUGGGUAAUGUUGACACUGCUGAGGAAUUUGUAUCCAAAUGCACAAUGGGUGUUGAAAAGGCUCCUCCACUCCUAUUUGUUACACUCGCACAUAUGGACAUUUUAGGUUUGGGGGCUUGUCCUUGGACAUACAUUCGAGCUGUUUCUGACUCUGUCUUAGAGGUACGGGAUUUAAGGACUGAGGAACUGCUUGAAGGAGGACAAGUAAGAUGGAAGGAUAAGAAUGAUGUGCAGAUUUCACCCGAUUACCUCAUGUUUCAUCCUGAUGACUCUAGCAGAGUUAUUCAUGUCAGAACAUCAGAAAUCAGAUUUUUAGCUAUUCGUGAAAGUGGGGGUAAAAGAAGAUUGGAGGAAGAGUUCAUUUAUCCAGAGAAGAGAAAGAUUACCAAGAAUGAGGAGCCUGCCAAAUAUUCCCGAUCUGGACGGUUAUUAAAAACAAAGUUUGAGUUGGAUAAUUCCUUAAACCGAGCAAUUUCCUUCAACAUAGAUGCUGACCUAAGGGUUCUUGUUAUCUUGGAAGCUUGGAGAGACAUUGAACAUAACUGUACAAAAUUACUGAAGGUUGUAUUUUAUGACAGCCUUUCCUAUGACCUUCUCCAUGAAAUGGAUAUUUGUGUAAAAGUUGAUGGAGAUAUUGAAACAAACAGACUGAGUAUCCAUUUGGAUAGAGAUAUUCUUAACAUAGUUUCAAACAAAGGAAGUCAGCACACUGUUUUAGUGUACCGACUGAAAGAAGUCAUAGAAGAGGAGGAAAAUGAGAUGAAAAGGAAAAUGUUAACAAGAUUGUGUAACAGUAUUAGUAGUGACAGUAACAUGGAAAGGUUUCAUUUAAGGAGGAGAGCAUUUCGAAGGUCAGGAAACACAGCCGUAGAAAGGCCCACACACAGAAGACAAAAUAAAAGGAGACGUGCAAGAACAGCUGGGAGUGAUGAGUCCAGUAAUGAGAGUGAUGAUGAUGAUGAAUGGGUUCCCUAAAGCACUGUGUUUGAGAAGAAAAAAAGCCAGGUGUUGCUAUCUGCACACAAGAGAGUGUGUUAAGAUUAUUGUGCUGAACUAUACCUGGUAGUUUGACAUGCUACUUACAGUACAAUAUACUGUAUUGUAUGUGAAUGUGAGGGAGAAAAUUAAAGAAAAGUUUGCAUUACUGGCAGGUGAAUGUGGGAGGGAAAAGUUAAAGAUUGUACAGUACAGUAGUGUUAUGUGAUUGGAAGCUUUUUUUUUUAACUCUCUCUCUCUCAUUAGUAAUUAAGGAGAGGUGAUGUCAUCCACUUCUUGUCAUAAAGUACAAAGUUACAAUCAAGAUAACAAUUCUUGCCUAUCUUAUUGUUAUUAUAUUUGAAUUCCAAAUAAUUAUUUUAUUUUACUGUGAAUUUCUUGUUGGUAGUCUCAGUGGUCCUGAUUAUUACAGUAAACAAGUACAUACAG